AUGGCAUUCUCAUCCUUCUUGGCGAGCCUCCUCAUCAUGAUGUCUCUUGUUGACAACAGCUUCUCCGAGGAUGAAGCUUCUUUUCAAAGGUGCACAUCCUUCAAGUGGCCCUUCACCCCACUUUGCGACUUGGGCACUGUAUGGGGUGUGGUGGUGCCAGUGGGACUGGGCGGGGCAGCCCUGGCCUCCCUCAUCCUGGCCCUGGUGCUGCUGUGCCGCUUAAUGCGGAACAUCGAGGCAAAAAGGCGUAGCGAGGUAACACCGCUGCUGUUGCUGCUAGCCAGCAUCAUUGGGCUAUGCGGCCUCAGCGCGGUGUAUCUCACUGAGGAGGGCCAGCAUGCCUGCAUAUAUAGAUAUGCAAUCUUGGCUAUGUUGUUUGUGCCAUGCCUUGCAUGCCUGCUGGCCCAGGGCAUGCGGCUACACCGGCUGGCACAAACAACAUAUAGCCGCAUCAUUGGAGCCAUGGUGGGGUUCAUUGCCUUGCUGGCCGGGGCACAAGGUAUCGCAACUACCCUAUGGGUAGUUGCGAUCACCAUGAAUCAGGGCCAGCUAGCCUGUCGGUCCCGGCCACAGGACCUCACCAUGGCUUUCAUUUAUGUGCUGGUCCUCCUCAGUGCGGCGCUCUCUGGGGUGGCAUGCGGCUGGUUCCAGAGGCAGCCCUCAAAAUGCAGGGUGGCAUGGCUGCUUGCUACUUGGGUGGCCUCUGCCCUGCUGUGGGGUGCCAGGCUCUGCUUCCACACACGUGCCAACGCAGCUCUUGGUCUUCCCUCCACUUGGGAUGACCUUGAGCAUGCGUUGGUGCUGGUGGUGCAGGCCUGGCUCCUCCUACUGCUGCAUGCCAUCCCAGAGGCCCACACCUGGCUGCGCCUAGCCUCAGAGCCCUGCCCACAGACCCCAGCCAACGUCACCACCACUGGCUCCAGUGAGGAAAUCUCCCUGUCCUCCUGGCCAUUUGGGCACAUGCAGGGCUCCUGGUCCAGUCAGAGCAGUUCAGCCAGGAACACUGACGUUGAACAAGGGCCCAGUACCCCCUUCGGCAGCAACCAGUCCAUCACCAUCACCAUCCCGGAGGAGGGAGCAGUGACCUCCAUCUAAGGAGCACUGUGGAGAGCGCCCAAGCUCCUUUGGAGAUGGACAGACGGCAGCAGACCAUAAGGAGGACUGGACAGUUGACCCAUUACAUGAUUAACUUCAAGUUGACGUCUGCUGUCUCUCACUCACAUAUGGCCUCCCCGGUCUACACGCACCCAUCUAUGGAGCACUGUGGAGAGCGCACAAGCUCCUUUGGAGAUGGACAGAUGACGGCAGACCUUGAGGAGGGCUGGACGGUCAUCCCUGUAGAAGACUAUCUUCAAGUUGAAGUUAAAGUUUAUUGUAAGAUUUAUU